AUGUUGUUUUCUCCUGUUGAUGCGUGGGAGCAGUGGGCUGAGAGCUGCAGCGAUGAAGAAGGCAGCGACUCAGAGGACUUCCUGUGUGGAAUCCAGCAGGAGAGCUGUGCCACUGACCUUUACCACCAGCUGAAUGCAGACAUGGCAGCCGUCCGGUCUUUGUACUCAGAUGCUGCCGUCUCUGUCAGGGAAUACCCAUCAAUUGGUGGCAUGGAUGUGGAGCUGAACAUUAACCCCAACAUUGUGGAUGUGGAAGUGGCUAAAGCCUGGAGGAUUAAUCCAUCAGAGCCAAUCAUCAUCCGGCUGCACUUCUUCCCGUCUCAGUAUCUGGACGGACCCGCUCCCUCUGUGGAUGUUUUCCAACCAUCCAAUAUUGAUGAUUUCAGUAUAGGAAGACAACUGCAAAAUAUUCUUAGAGUCUUCAUAUCUCAGGAGUGGAAACAUCUGACCAACGACAGCCCUGUUGUCCAGAGAAAGAGCAGACACAACUGGUACCGACCCAGCGGCACCAUCAAGAAGUUCAGCGCUCGGUUCAGCGUUUGGUUACCACCUUCAAAGCCAAAUGAGAUGCAGGAACCGACUGGCAAAGAAAGGAAUGCAAUGAAACAUAAUCACUUCACCAGUCAAACAACUUCUUAUGACAUAAAGAACUCAACGGGAGAACUGUUCACUUACACAGCUGGAGGAAAGAGAGUGAUGGUCUCAGCUGUCAAAUCUUCAGCACAUCUGAGCACCAAACAGCUGGUGGAGCUGCUGUUCACCUCCCAGGCCAUCAAACACUGUAAAAGCACGCCGACCCUCCAGCACGGCUUCUUAGUACAGAUAAUGAGGUACGCUGAGCAGAGAAUCCCAACGCUGAAUGAAUACUGCGUUGUUUGUGACGAGCGGCAUGUUUUCCAAAAUGGGCCGAUGCUUAAGACUGCAGUUUGCACCAGGGAGCUUUGCGUAUUUUCCUAUCAUACGCUGGGAGUUAUGUCUGGAGCUACAGAAGAGGUCGCGACAGGUGCAGAGGUGAUCGACCUGCUGGUGGCCAUGUGCAGAGCUGCCCUUCAGUCGUCCCGAAAAAGCAUCAUAUUUGAACCGUACCCCUCCGUUGUUGAUCCGUGCAACCCCAAAACUCUGGCCUUUAGCCCCAAGAGGAAGAGUUAUGAAAGGCUGCAGAAAGCUCUGGAUGGUGUGUUGCUAAUCAGGAGGAUGGCUCAGGGUCCAUAUUCUGAGAUAAAGAAGCAAAUGGACAAGAUAGACCCCCUCUCUCAUCCUUUACUACAAUGGAUUUUAGCAAGCAACAGAUCACACAUCGUCAAGCUUCCACUCAACAAGCAUCUGAGGUUUAUGCGCACACCCCAUCAGUUCCUGCUGGUCAGCGCUCCUCCGUCCAAGGAGGUUCGCUUUCAAACUGCCAGGAAAUUAUACGGCAGCACUUUUGCUUUCCACGGUUCUCACAUUGAAAACUGGCACUCCAUCUUGAGAAAAGGCUUAAUCAAUGCGUCGUACACAAAAUUACAGCUUCAUGGAGCUGCUUAUGGUAAAGGCAUCUAUCUGAGUCCCAUUUCAAACAUAUCUUUUGAAUAUUCGCACAUGGGGAAAAGUCAACACCAAAUACCAACCAGAGAGGAACUCAAAAAGAAAUACAACCGGAUAAAUAAAAUCAAACAGGAGGAACCAGGACAACCAAGGUUUCUGCAAAGCAGUAAUCUGAGCUGCAUAGCACUUUGUGAAGUGAUAACCUCAAAGGCUCUUCAGAAGCACGGAAACAUUUGGGUUUGUCCGGUGUCCGAUCAUGUGUGUACACGCUUCCUCUUUGUGUAUGAAAACGGUCAGGUGGGAGACGUGCACAUCAACACUCAAGAUGCACAAAUCCAGAGGGAAAUUUUACAAGCAACUGGUUCAAAGCCAAGCUGAGAAAGCCCUAGUGCACAUGCCUUCUGGUGAACCUACACACAUCUACUGGAAACCGGAAUAACUUUAGUAGUUAAGCUGUAAACGGCAAAUAUUUUAUAUUUUCAAAUAUAUUUUUACAGUAUUUCAUUACUAUGUUUGACAGAUCCUAUUUUUUGCUGUUUAUUAAAG